UCAAUCUACGCAGAUGUUUACGUUCUUGUACUUCCGUAGCUGCUCAAAGGAGGGAUAACGUUACUGAUCUAGCGUUAAAUCCAAAAUUGGAGAAGAAACACUCGGUCAUGGUUCUCCUUUUUAACAUAAGUGUUAGAAAUGCCUGACAGAUAAAUAUUAUUAAGGUCUUGUACUGUCCACUGUCGGCACAGUAACGCGAGUUUUUCCUCUUCAUCCAUCGCAGCCAAAGCUAAAGCUAGCGGUGUGUUAGCAGCGGGUCAGCGGUGGACGUUAUUUAAUGAAUCAUCACCUGAUCCGCACUUUGUCCAGUGUUAAUUUAGAUAUCAUACAAGGCAGUCAUGGCCACUAGGCGUCUGACCGAUGCCUUCUUGUUAAUGCGGAACAAUGCAAUCCAAAACCGGCAGAUAUUGGCUGAGCAAGUGAGUACAUACGACCCCCGUCUGAGUACACGUAGCAAUGCUGCGGAGCUUGAUGAGUUGGCUGAUGAUCGAAUGGCCCUGGUGUCAGGAAUCAGUCUGGAUCCUGAAGCAGCCAUUGGAGUCACCAAGAAACUGCCCCCCAAAUGGAUAGAAGGGGUAGAUGAGAUCCAGUAUGAAAUCACCCGCAUUCGGCAGAAGAUGAAGGAACUGGCUUUACUUCAUGACAAGCAUAUGAAUCGUCCCACACUUGAUGACAGCAGUGAGGAAGAGCAUGCUAUAGAAAUCACUACGCAAGAGAUCACACAGAUGUUUCAUCGAUGCCAGCGAGCUGUGACGGGUUUGCAGUCUCGCUGUGGCCACUGCACCGAGCAGGAAGAGAGGCUAUUGAGAAAUGUGGUCUCGUCCCUGGCACAGAGCCUGCAGGAGCUGUCCACCAGUUUCAGGCACACGCAAUCCAACUACCUAAAACGUAUGAAGAACCGUGAAGAGAGGUCAAAACACUUUUUUGAUUCUGGACCCCUAAUGGAAGAGGAUGAAGAUUUAGCUGUAUAUGACAAGGGCUUCACGGACGAACAGCUGAUGCUGGUGGAGCAGAACACAGUUAUGGUUGAAGAACGAGAGCGGGAGAUCCGACAAAUAGUGCAGUCAAUCUCAGAUCUGAAUGAGAUUUUUCGGGACUUGGCUGGAAUGGUGGUGGAGCAGGGCACCGUGCUUGACAGAAUUGACUUCAAUGUUGAGCAGGCUUGUGUGAAAACAGAAGAUGGACUGAAACAGUUACAAAAGGCAGAACAGUAUCAGAAGAAAAACAGAAAGAUGCUGGUCAUUUUGAUCCUCUUUGUCAUAGUCGUUGUUCUAAUUAUCAUUCUUUUUGGAACAAAGUUAUAAUUUUGCAUUCAUCUGGCUUUUGUUUUCUGUGUGGGUGUUUGUUGUGCAUCUAUGUGGACUUGGACUCUGUCUCGGUUCUACUUAAAACAAAGAUGACUGCCUUUCAUACCCACCGGGAAACGAAGAAAAAAGAAGAAUUCCACCUUUAUUUACAGGUGCACUUUGGGCUGUGUGAUUGAUUUUAAUGAAACAAACAUUCAGUUAUGUGUUUGGACUGUGGCUGUUUUAUCAAGUGGUUCGUACCGAAAUUACUGUAACAGAUGUUUGCAAACCCACCUACGGUGACACGUCUUAACAAAAAAAAAACAUAUUUUGGUGUACAAAAACGGACUACCAAUGUUUAAAUGCCGAAGCAGAGCAUCUUCUGUUGUGCGACUGCAUCGUUCCUGUCAAGAAUCAUUGUAAACAAUUUGUUUCUGUGAGCAAGAUGUGACAAGAACAACCGUUUGUGAAACAGAAAUAUGCAGUAGAUCUCCACCAGAAUACUGCAUUUAUGUCCCAGCUCAGUAUUUUACCUUGAAAACCUAAAAAAAAAAAAGUGUUGUUAUUAGGACGGUAUCAGAUAUGAUUAGAAUAGUCACUCAGUACCAGUUAUAUAUAUUCUUUUGGUUUAAGGACCACAUGUUUUUUUUGUUUGUUUGUUUGUUUUUUUUAAUUACUUUACCCCCAAGGUGAAUAGUUAUAAGCUUGUCUUACUCCACGGUUUGCUUGAGGAAUGUGGAGACAACCAUGAGCUUCUUCCAGGUAAUUUUAAAAUCAUGCCUGUGUCACACCUGCUGCACUUUCCAGGAAGUGCUAAUUUUAAAACACUUGUUUUUGUUUUUCAUGGUCCUUGCAUAAAGUGCUACCUUUUCUAAACUCUUGCAGUUUGCACAUAUUGAGGCCUGAGGGGGGGGAGGGUGGUCGUGUCAUGGAUGUAAUACUACUGUCGUCUAUAUGAUGAAAAGAAUUAUUUAUUUUUAUUAACCUCAAAUAAUCAGGAGGUUUUGAGUUUUUCUGUCGCAGAAUUAAUGUAUAUUCUAAACUCACCAAUUACUGUCCUUUCCACUGAGAAAACUGUGAUGUAGUCCAACACACGCACACACAUGAAGACAGCAUUUAGAUUUUUUUUAUUUUAAUUUUUUUUUUUUUUAAUAUUCAGAUUGGACACAAUACAUUUUAAUUGGCUCCGUUGGAAAUUCUUUACAUCUGCUUGUGUUCUAUAAAGACUGAUAAACUGAAAUUAUGAAGAGCUUUAUUUGACGUAAAUGUACUCGUCUCUACACUUUAUGCACCUGUUAAAGUCAUUUUGUCAUCGAUGUGAAGUUGUGUGUGAAAACUGGUUAUGUCCUAGUGGUACUCUGCUUAAGGCUUGUUUUCCGAACAACAGGUGAGGAGACAGCAACUUGUUUUGUUUUUUUUAAUAAACCUGGAACAUGA